AUGAAUAUUGCUGCCAAUCCUGUGUUUCAUGAGCGCACGAAGCACAUUGAAUCUUAUUGUCAUCAGCUCAGCAACACAUGGUUAACACAGCAAAGGACCGUAGGCGCGCAGCGCUGCCUUCCUGGCUUGCUUGGGAUACCAACUAGAAUCCCUACCCAUCACCGCCAAUUGAUCAAAGUGCGGGAUGAUCGGGCAGAUCAGUUGGUCCGAUUGUAUCUUUCUUGGUUCUCAGUGUGUCGGAUUAUUAAAUUGGCGAAGCCUAUAAAGGCUAGCACAUUCCGGACCAUUGUGACUCCCAUUAAAGAUAUGGGUCGGGUUAAAGAGAUCCAACGGAGCCCUGAAGAGGAGGAAGCGCACCGUGAAGCACGGAGGCAACUUCGUGAAGAGCGUAAGCUCAAAAAACUGCGUCCGCCGAAACCGAAUCUUCAGUUGCACAUGUGGAAGGUUACAGGUAGUGAUGAGCAGCCUGCUCCUAACGAACGGAAGGAGACUUGUUUCUUCUCUGCGAUGUUCUUGGAAAUAGCGGCUUUUGCCCGCCAGCUGCGAAUCAUUCAUUCAGAACCGGAUGGUAUUUUCAGUCCAGGUAUUCUCUUUCAACCUGGGUAUACUUUGUACCCGUUUGAUACGAAAUUGAGUACCUGGGCAGCUAAUGAAGGGUUGAGGUUUUAUGAGGCUUGGCCUGGCUUGGUGUUUGAUUCCCUCGCCGUGGGCUUUGACCGUUCUUUCUCAAUCUCUUUUUUUCGGACGUUUGGCUCAGUCCUUAGAGGGUGCCGGAAAGUGGCGUUUGUUUGUAAUCGGUAA